GUGCUGGGAGCUCCACUUCGGCCCCUCGGACCUGCACGCCUGCCUGGGAGCGACAGGAGCCUGGAUACCCAGCCCAGCCCUUGGGGGGGAUUUUUGACAGCUUGCUCCCAGACAGAGAGCGGCUCGGACCUCCAUGGGGACGGGGAAGAGGUUGACGGUGUCCGACGACUGCAGCGUUUCUCUUCCUUGGGGGGAACCCAGCACGUGAAAGCUUCACCCAGAUCAACGUCGUUUUGGACCGCUCGAUCACGGUGGUUACUGAAGAGGAAGCCACGGGAAGAUGAGAUUGUCAUAUGCUGAGCUACUCACUGUAGCAGCCCUCCUGGCGCAGUACAGGACCGUGGCUGUGCAUGAAGUGUGUGGGACAGCAGAGGUGGCAGAUAUUUUGUUCCUCAUUGGAGGAUCCCAGACCCUCGGGGACAAGGACUUCCGAGCCAUCCAAGACUUCAUCGACAGCGUCAUCCGGACCUUCGCGAACGUGGUGCUGGGGAAGGCGGGCAUUCGGCUGGGCGUGACACUUUAUGGUGAGAAGCCAAGGAUGGGAAUCGAGUUGACAGAUUCCACCACCAUUGAAGAGGUGCUGGAGGCCGUUCGGGACCUCUUGUUCAAAGGGGGAAAUGUGAAAAUGGGGGAUGCCCUGACAUUUGUGGCCCGCACGGUGUUCCGCCCAGCGGCGUCGAGGGACGAUGCAGCAAAGAUAGUUAUUUUAAUAACCGACGGGGACUCUGCCGAUUCUGUUGAAGAUGCAGCUGUAGCACUGCAGGACGCGGGAGUUACAGUGUUUGCUGUAGGAAUUAAGAACGCCAAUAAAAACGAGCUGAAGAAAAUAGCUUCAGAGCCCACAGAGGAACACGUGCUUUAUGCAGAGGAUUUCCACCUGCUCCAUAACCUGUCCCCCAAACUCUCCCGCAGGCUGUGCUUCACUGCCUCGGAGCCUCCACGGCCGGCCAAGAAGACUGUGAACGCUGAGAAGAUUGUCGGCCCUCGGGAUCUGCUGGUCACGGAGCAAGGUCACAGCUCGUUGAGGCUGACCUGGACUCCUGCCACGGGGAAGGUGUCGGAGUACCUCGUCCUCCAGCGUUCGCUCUCAGCUGCUGGGCAGCCUGCUCCUGAGGACCAGCGGCAGCUGGUCGUGGACAGUGACAAGAACACCGUGCUGGUGCCAGACCUGAAGCCCAACACCAAGUAUUUCUUCACAGUCCAGGCCAUCUACCCAGAUGCCCCCAGGGAGUCGAUGACUGUCAAAGGGAAGACGACGCCUGUGCCUCCAGUGACUAAUUUCCGGGUCAUUGAAGAAGGCCUCUUCAGCCUCAAGGUGGCUUGGACAGCUCCCCUGGGGAGGCUGGAAGGCUACAAGAUCUACAUUCCCAGACCAAACAGGCCUGGGAUGACCUAUGAGCAGAUUCUGGGGGCAGACGUCACAUCUCACGUGCUUCCCGACCUGCAAGAGGAUAAAGAAUACACUGUCAGCAUCUACGCCAUGUAUCCAGAGGGCCCGAGCCAGCCGGUGUCUGUGACAGCAAGAACAUUGAGGUUCCUGCCUACGAGAAGCGUCUUGGUGCAGAAUGAAACCACCAACACCCUCCAGGCCAGGUGGACGCCGGUCCGAGGGGCUUCUGGUUACAGGCUCACUUGGGUGUCCACAGAGGGCAGUGUCCAUAAUGUGAACCUGGAUGCCACUUACACCUACUACAUGAUCCAGGGGCUGCAGCCUGGCACAGAAUACACCGUCACCAUCAACCCCGUCUUCGGGGACAUCGAGGGGCCUGUGGUGAGCAGAAAGGCAACUACCUUGCCAUCAAGUUCUGUCCAGGCUCUGAAAGUGGCCGAUAUAACGAUCAGCAGCGCCUGGGUCUCCUGGGAUGCAGUCACGGGAGCCAGUGGGUACCGAGUGGCUUGGGGUCCAACUCCAGAAUUCUUUGGUCGAGACCGACUGCGACAGACGGUUGUGAACAGCUCCGUCACAGCCUACCAGCUCCGAAGCCUGGCCCAUGACACAGAGUAUGUCAUCUCCCUCUACGUGCUCUUUGGUUCAGUGGAGGGACCUGGGAUCACAACUUCAGCCAGAACAUCUCCACUUGGCUACGUGUCCAAUUUCAAGGUGACGUCCUACACAAGCACAUCCAUUUCUCUCGCAUGGAGCGUCACAGCUGCAGCCACCAAAUACAAAAUCACCUGGAGCCCAACAGGAGCAGAUGGAGAGCGAGCUAUUGCCAAGAGCCAGUAUGUGGGGAGCAGGGUGCUUGCUUAUCGCAUCGACCACUUGCUGCCCAGCACGCAGUACAGGGUCAGCAUUCGGCCCGUGUUCAGCAAGUCUGAAGGCCACGAAGUGACUCUCACUCACCAGACAGCCUCUCUCACAGACUCAAACCCUGUCCAGACUCUCCGGGAUUUGCGAAUCAUCAACACUGGAAUAAAUAGCCUGAAGCUGUCCUGGAAGAAGACCCCAGGCAUAACGCACUAUAAGAUUUCCUGGGCCCCGUUUGGUGGUGGCUUGGAAACCUCACAGACAGUUCCAGCAGAGCCCACGUUUUUCACCAUAACCAAGCUGCAGAAGAGCACGACAUACAGCAUCCGCGUGUCUUCAGUCACUGGGGAACGAGAGGGAAGCCCAGUGCUUCUCACUGCCAAAACAUUGGAUCUGCCCAAAGUGACUGCGUUCACAAUUCAGGAGGUCACAGAGAGCAAUGUUUUACUGAACUGGACAGGUGUUCCUGGGGCAUUGGCGUACUUGUUAGCCUGGCGCCUGGCAUCAGGUCCUGAUCUUUCCAUGGAGCGGUUGGCUGCUGGUUCUAGGUCGUAUCGAGUGCCAGGACUGAAACUGGGAGGGACGUAUGUGUUUUCCAUAAGGGCGGUCUUUGGAGAGAUGGAGGGGCCUGAGACCAGCAUCACUGAGCAGAUAGUGGGAUCUCACAGGAAUCCUUCCACUUCUGCUCUUCCCAUUACUUCUAUACGAACUGCCAUGGCGAGUGCCUCAUCAACCGAUGCUGGGAAGGCCAGGACCACUCGUACUCUACCAGCCACCCCUAUGACAUUAAGAACAACCCCAGCAGCUACAGCUGCUACAGCAUCUUCACCCCUGACAACUCUUGCUGGGCCAAUCUGCGGUAGGUUCAAAGCUGACAUUGCAUUCCUGGUGGAUGAGUCCUCAAGCAUCGGCCAGAGCAAUUUCAAUAAAGUGAAGGACUUCCUCUUCCGGAUCGUCUCCUAUUUCCCCAGAAUUGGGCCUCAAGGGACGCAGAUUGCUGUUGCUCAGUACAGUGAAGAGCCCCGGACUGCGUUCCAUUUUAAGCAGUACAAGGAUAGGAAUGGAGUCCUGAAAGCCAUCCAGGGACUGAGCUAUGUUGGAGGCAACACAAAGACUGGUCGUGCCAUGGCCUAUGUGCUAAAGGAGUUAUUUCAUCCCUCCAGAGGGUCCAGGCCAGACUUCCCUCAUACCCUGGUGUUGGUAACUGAUGGACAGUCACAGGACGAUGUGCUCCCACCUGCCAGAGCAGUCCAUGCUUUAGGAAUCGGUGUCAUUGCUGUGGGCAUCUCCAGAGCGGACCCUGAAGAACUGAGUAGCAUUCUGCUUCACCGCAACCUGCAGAAUGUUUUCUAUAUCAACACCUUCGAUGACUUUCCCCAGAUCAUCAGGGAGCUUAUAGAUACCAUAUGCUCGGACUUGCAGCUGCCAGAAGCCCAGCCACAGCCUGGGCAGGUUGCUGGACGCAAUGCGAACAAACCGCAGAAGUCUGGUGACGUGGACAGGAAAUCCUUGGCCUACGAUCCAUCACCUGUUGACCCACAAAUCGAGGGACCCCCGGGGCCUUGUGAUUCCAAGUGCCCGAAGAGCUACAGGGGCUUGCAGACGGGCAGGGGUUAUGAUCCAUUCGGCUUUGCAACAAAGGGAGAGAAAGGAGAGAGGGGUCUACCUGGGAAGGAUGGGAUUCCUGGACUGCCUGGCAGACCCGGACGGACAGGGCCCCCCGGCUCCCCAGGGCGGAUGGGUCUCCCAGGUAUCCAAGGCGAUAUUGGGCCUCCGGGAUAUCCAGGACCAGCAGGGCCGAAAGGAGACAGAGGAGAACCAGGCUAUGUCCUAGGAGGUGUGGAAGUGAUUCCUGGCCGAAACGGACAGCCCGGCCCUCCGGGGCAGAAAGGGCAGCCAGGCGUUCCUGGAGUAGCAGGACCACCGGGGCUGCCAGGACCACAGGGACCUCCGGGGACAUCCACAAAGGGAGAGCCAGGAAACCCAGGAAACAGGGGGAGAGCCGGCUUGCCCGGCCCCAUAGGGCUAGAUGGUGCUCCAGGAUUUCCCGGACCGAGAGGAGAAAAGGGGCAGGCAGGGAUAGGUACCCCUGGCACGCCUGGCUUGAAGGGAGUGGAAGGAGAAAAGGGGGCAAUGGGACUUCCUGGAGCAGAAGGACAGAAGGGUGAACCAGGAUUGCCCGGAGAAGGAGGACCAGCUGGCCCAAGGGGUAAAAAAGGCCAAGACGGUGUCAAGGGAGAAAAGGGGGACUGCGGAGAAGCCGGGCUGAGGGGACCUCAAGGAAUUGCUGGUCUUCCGGGAAGAGCGGGGCAGAAAGGAGACCAAGGGAUCCCGGGAUUUCCAGGUGCUCCAGCGAUGGGGGUUGUGGGACCUCCAGGCAAGAAGGGCAGCAGGGGGGAUAUUGGACCCAUUGGUCCCCCCGGACUGCAAGGAAACAAAGGAAUGCAAGGAGACAAAGGAGAAAAGGGAAGUCCAGGCUUUGGCAUUCCCGGACAACAGGGAUUGAAAGGACACCCUGGAGAAAGGGGAAACGUAGGUUUGUCUGGUAAACCCGGUCAGAAGGGGGAAAUGGGCCUGAAAGGACAGAGAGGUCAACCAGGAGCACCUGGGAAACCAGGAGAGACCGGACUAAGAGGUAAAGAUGGAGAACCAGGGAAGAAAGGGGACACGGGGACCAAGGGAGAAGCAGGUGUCCCCGGAGAAUCAGGAGAGAGAGGAAUCAGGGGUCCUUUAGGGCUUCCAGGCCGUCCUGGAGAACAGGGGGUAAAAGGAGACAUGGGAGAACCUGGAAGGGACGGAGUCAACGGAGAGAAGGGCGAGAAGGGCGAAUCUGGGAAGCCUGGGCUGCCUGGGGCACCUGGAAGUGCUGUGUCUGCUGUGGAAAGCAGCAUCCCCCUCAAAGGCGAUAAGGGAGAUCCAGGUCCUCCUGGCAAAGGAGUGGAAAUCAAGGAUUUGGAGAGGCUUUUUGAAGCAUAUGGUAUCAAGUUGGCUCUUCUGAAGGAGCUCACUGACCUUCUCCUGAGAGAGGGCCUGGAAGUGAUCAUCCAGCAGUUGGCCAGCUCCAGGAAAGGCAAGACGUCCAAGAAAAAGCAAGCCACUGACUACCCAGGUUCACUGAAGUAUGACAUCUCUAGGGAUGCUCUGGCCAGCAUAGAAAUGACCAGUGAAGAUCAGGCCAAAAGCAGUGACCAUCAGUUUAUGGUCCCGGCCUCUGUAAGACAACCCGCUAAGGAUAUAAUGCAUCAGAAGGAGCCUCUGGCUGAUGACUCCAUUAGUCCCAGCUCUGGGGACAGUGCAGGAGUGGAAAUCACGGCAAACCUGAUGACCCCUGGUCAGAAAUCACCAGUAGCUGAAAAACAAGAGGACCGCUCUGGAUCUCUGAACACAACCCAGCUACAAACUAGCCCAGAAGAAACCUCUGCAGGGCAGCAAGGAAUUGCUGGAUUUAUCACUCUGGAUUCCCAGGAGGCAUCUGGGUCUCUGAAAGAGCACUCGGGAGGAGCAGGGAUGGAAGAGGGCAUGCAGACCUCCGCUGGACUCUCUCCGGAGUCGGAAGACGGGUCCCCAAUCCUUGAGUCCGUGAAGCUGCUGGAGCCCGUGAAGAAAUGGCCUGAGGAGCAAAGGGAGGAGAAAGGCAGUGAUGCUCAUGACCAUGCCAUGGCCAGCGGAUCUUCUGAAGCAGCUGACACGCUCCUCCAAGGUAUAAAGACCAGAGGUUCUCGAAAUGAGGUCCAUGGACCACCGCCGGUUGGUGAGCUCCAUUCAUGUGGUCCGCAGGAAGGUUGCAGAACAAUUGAGAAUAUCUGUACUUGUAAGGAGGAAAAGGCAGAUCCGGCUGAUGGCACGGAGCUAACAAAGCAUGCUAGAGUUAGAAGAAGGGCUGAGAGCCCAAGGCAAAUGAUCCACUCGCCUGGUGUCCCAGGAGGUUGGAAAUCCACAGCUGGAGAAGUGAUGUAUCCAGGAGUUGGAGGCACAAGGAGGAUCAAGAAGCAGGAAUCAGACACGGUGGAUUUGCCAUUCCAAGGCCAAAAGGGAGAAAAGGGGUCUCCUGGAGUCCGCGGUGGCAAAGGAGAAAAGGGGGAGCCUGGGGAGAAGGGCGAGCCUGGAGAGAAGGGCACCAAAGGAAGCAGAGGUGAAAAUGGUCAAAAGGGAGAACCGGGAGUUGGGUUUAGAGGCCCCGCUGGUCAAGCCGGACCCCCAGGACUGAAGGGCGAGCCUGGGGCACCAGGGCCUACAGGGGCGCAAGGCAUCCAGGGCAUCCGUGGCAAUCCAGGGAUCCCAGGAUCGCAGGGGGAGAGAGGGGCCCCGGGGCUGCCGGGAACGCCUGGGCGAAAGGGAGAUCGCGGGAAGAGAGGCAGGAAUGGCUUUGCUGGGCCAGCUGGACUCCCCGGGCCCCUGGGAAAACAGGGACUUCCUGGAGCCGACGGGCCCAAAGGCAGCAAGGGAGAGAGCGGCGUCGGCGUACCUGGCCCAAGAGGUACCCGUGGACUCCCUGGCCCUCGGGGUGACGAGGGGCUCGCAGGCAUUCGAGGCCCCAUUGGCAUGAUGGGUUUGAAAGGCCUCCCGGGAGUGAAAGGAGAAAGAGGUGAUCGUGGCCACCUGGGACCCAAGGGAGAAAGGGGUGACCCCAUUACUAUUUUUGGACCACAAGGCUACAAAGGCAACAAAGGAGACGCGGGAGAAAGAGGCCCACCAGGCUUUGAUGGAGACAAAGGAGAGAAAGGGGAAGACGGGCCUGCAGGAGAAAAGGGCGUUAAAGGCGAAGCCGGUUCCAAAGGAGCGAUUGGGCUGUUCGGUGCCCGAGGGCCCGUGGGGCAGAAGGGAGAACCUGGAGAGCCUGGCCUGCCGGGAUUUGCUGGCACGGCAGGCCUUGAUGGGAAGAACGGGAACAAAGGCGCGAAAGGCGACAGAGGUCUCCAGGGCCAAAAAGGGGAGCCGGGGGAGAAAGGGGAUCCCGGGAUAAGUGGUGACGUUGGACGGAGAGGUCUGAAGGGUCUGCGUGGGCUUCCAGGACGGGUGGGAGCCCCAGGGGCAAACGGAAUAAAGGGUGAGAUUGGAAGCCCUGGAAAGCCAGGAAUACCAGGAUUAGAUGGACCUCAGGGGCCAAAGGGUAACCAAGGAGUAUCGGGCGCCGACGGCCCCAUAGGAAUUUCUGGAGAGAAAGGAGAAAAGGGCGCCAAGGGUGUUCCUGGCUUGGGUGGCUUUAAAGGACAAAUUGGACUGCCAGGGAAGACCGGUGUUGCUGGACUGCCUGGAUCUCCAGGACCGCCAGGGGAGCCAGGGCCACAGGGUUCAAGAGGUAGAAGAGGAAGACCUCAACUCUGCCUCCGGGGGCCGCCGGGCACACCCGGCCAAAAAGGAGAGAUGGGAGAAAAUGGGCUGACCGGUCUGAAAGGAGAAAAAGGAGAACCGGGGCUUUCUGAGGAAGCCGUGAAGGACGUGGUGAGGAGCGAACUGAGUGACAAGUGCGCGUGCGCAGGUGAGUUGAGAUGGCUGCCCGUAGGAAAACGGGGAAGAUUUUCACGUAGUGACCAAACCUACAGACCUGGAUGCAGGCUACACAGCAGAAAUCAAUGGCAAACGAGAUGGGCAUUUUCGGUCCCCAGAACGCAUCCCGAAGGAAGGCGACGACCAAGGAGAAUUACCUACAGGAAUACACAGCACAGCAAAACCAGUCUCAGCUCCCUUUAUCACAGCUCUCCGUGAUAAGCAGAUAAUGGAGCCGGCCCAGCGCGAGCAGCGACAAGCCCGCAGCCCAUUACAAGACCCCUGUAUGCUGCCUAUGGACGAGGGCUCCUGCUCACAGUACAUGCUGCUGUGGUACUACCAUCCGGAGGCGAACCGCUGUAGGCCCUUUGUCUUUGGAGGCUGCGGUGGGAACAGCAACCGGUUUAAAUCCAAGCGACGCUGUGAGCAUCGGUGUAAAAUCCCAACAGGAAGGUGACCGCUUGCCAUCCCACAACUACGUAAAGGAGAAAGGAGCUACAAGAGGUGAUUCCAGGGCAUCUUGGAGGUUGGACAUAUAGCAAGCAAGACAUACCAUUUUGCACAGAGAGGUGAUGGACAUGCACUCUGUGAACCAAGGAGAUGGUUAUUAUGGACAUGAAGUCACUGGGUUUGCUAAGGGUGGGUUUUUUUUUGCUGGGCUUGAAAAAGCCAAAGUGCUGAGAUGCUUUUGACAUUCACACCAUGGAGCGAUUGUGCAAACCCCCAAAGAUGCCUACAUUUCAUGUCGUCUUAAAUAAAACACAGUUUUCAACCAGCCUUGUAUAAUUCUAGUUACCCAAUAAACUGGGGCAGGUCGUUCUCUGGGCUGGGCAAGUAGACAGUAUUUGAGUUUUUCCGUUGCCAUCAUUUUAGUAAAUGGACAAGUAGAUUUCUCCCUGGGGCUGAUACCGUUUUCAUGCUGAUGUGUUGAGGCCAUCCUAAAUCGCUACCACAAAUGGCCAGACCCUGAGACCUCUUUCUUUCGUAUGGUAUGAGAUAUCAACUUCCAAAUCUAUGCGCCGCUGUCCAGUAUUAUCGCUCAAUGUUUCCUGCCUGUAAUACAGGGAUAAUACUUGCCUCCCGAGUAAAUUCAUCUUAUGUUAGCUAAUCUCGUUGCACUGGAGAAAAUGCCAAACAUUCCUAAAAUGUCGUUCGCGGCCAGAUCAUAAGAAGACAUGCUGGAAAUCAUUGCCUCGCCCUGGGAAAUCUCCAGCCAGGUUUCUAGAUCAAAGUGUCUUGGAUACAUUGAAUAAUUUGAAGGGGCUGCCAAAUUAGGUGCCAGAUGAUGAGGUUGGAUAGCCUCAUUAAAGGCAGAGGGUUAGUCUUCUGGAUCCAAUAGCACCAGUGUUUCACUGUGCCUAUCUGAUGAGAAGAAUGGAGCCCUUUGAGACAUAAAUCAUAAGGUAGGAUGAUACCUUCUCAGAGGAACUGCCCUUUAUCGUAAGCAGGACAAAGCGUGUGAUGCUGCAGUAUCUGAUGCACGUGCAUGCGAGGUUAGCUUAGAUCUUCUUAUAGCAUUUGUUCAUCAUUUCUUUAGAAAGCAACAUAGUGGGCAUGUCUACACAUGCAAUUAAUGCUACUUGGAUUUCCCGUGCAGUAAAUUUACUGCGCAGUAGACUAAUUCCCUGCUCAGUAAGCACCUGCACUUGUAGAUGGUGACGCUUUACUGCGCAGUAGAUUAGUCUACUGCAGUGGUUCCCAAUCUAUGGUAUGUGUACCACCAGUGGUAUGCAAACAGCCGGCCAGUGGUACACGUUAAUAGAUUCAUUAUAAUUAUUUCAUGUGACAUAAAUUUGCCGGUGGUACUGAAGGCUGAACUGAAAACCGUGUUGGUGGUACUUAAGGUUGUAUCGUUUUCAACUGGUGGCGCACAAUCCAUCAGAGUUUAGGAACCACUGAUCUGCUGCGCCGUAAAGCAUCUCACGUAGACACGGCCAGUGUGUAGUAUGGAUGAUUAGACUCUGCUAUACAGAUGAGGAAGGAGGCCACGAGCGGGUUAGAUUGGAAAUAUCAAAUGUCUUUAUGUGACAGACUUCAUCGAAAAACAUCAGGUUUGGUUAAUGAAAGCCAUUUGUGACCUCUCAAAUUUUUUGACUUGAUGUAACUAUUCUGGUGUCUAAGCGAUGGUGUUUUCGGUAUAAUUCCCAUCCUGGUACCAUGCCGAAUGGAUGGCACAAAGUGCCACCAAGUACUGGGUUUUUAUUUGGCAUCUGCCACUGACUAGUCAAAUAGCCCCAGGCAGGUUUCUCCCUUUCCUGUAGCACUUACUCCUGUAUUCAGAGAAGCGCUGUAAGGUUUCACUGCGCAUUUGGUACUGUUGUUCCAACAUCUAUUAGAUCUUCCCAGUAGGUGAAGCAGAUGGAAGAUGACACCCACAACACUAGCCAUUUUGUAUGUGCAAUCAGUGAUUUUAACCUGGGGAAUGGGUUUUUGGACAGGAACGGGUUUCUCAUUAAUGGUUCAUCAAAUACACGCGCCCAUCUCUUCUGUCAAUGGUCUACCUUCUGUUCCAGGUAUACUAAUAUGUUUGCAUUAAACCAUGUGAAACACAA